AUGCUAAUUUCAUUGAAUACUAUUUUAAACAAUGUGAAGUAUCUCAUGAAAUCCUACCCGGUGCAGCGAGGGCACAGAAUAAGGGGAGAGGCAGCCCUAACGCUACUCUGCCUUGUCGUAGCUAUAGCCAUAUGGGCACUUCCUGCCGUCAAAGCUGGGCGUUGGAACAAUAGACAACGUCAAAUAUGUUCAAUAGGCAACCAUGUUGGCGGAAGAUUGCCCAAAAUUGGUGAUAUACGCAACAGCAAUGCAAAGAAUGAGCGAACACAGUUAAUACCAAGUGAUAACUACGACAACAAAUUCUCACGUUUGUUGCUGGUUAUCACAGAAAAUGGGCUAGAAAGGCUGCGCCAGUCAAGAGUACUGGUGGUUGGAGCAUCCAAACUGGCCUCAGAGAUCAUUACGCAUCUCAGUAGAUCAGGGGUUGGCACAAUUUGCGUAUGGGACAGCGAUGAUGGCGCGAAGGAGAUGGCGCAGAAUAUAAUGCUAUUACAAACUGAUGUUAAAAUUAAAAUAUUGGAAAGGGAACCAAAAUAUGCGGAAGAGAAUUAUGACGCUGUGAUAUUCGUCGAUCAACCACUGCAACAAGCAAUGGAUGUGAAUGACAUAGUGAGGGAUAAAAGCAAGUUUAUAUACACAAUAUCAGCCGGUGUCUAUGGCCUUGUUCUCUCGGAUUUCGGUGAUGUACACCGUGUUCACGCAAGGGCGGAAAGGCACAAUCCAGAGCAACAGGGCACCGUAAUAUCAGAUGGGAAGACGUCAGUAAUAGAAGUAAGCUCAAACUAUGGUGUGGACACUUACGAACCGGGUGAUGUUGUCAAUAUCUCAGUGACAAAAUACCUCGGUUAUUCGAAAGCAAGGUAUCAAAACGACGGAGAUAUUAUAGUUAUCACGGCAAAAGUUUUGAGUGUCGAACAUGUAGACCAAUUCUCAGUUAAAUUGGUCAUUGAUAUAAACAUGAAGGAAUGGAACAAAGGGAACUUUGGUAUUAAGAAGGUAGAACGACCAACCAACUUUACAUUCGACUCCCUGAAAACUUUGGUGAGACGUUUACUUGGAGAGAAACCAGGAUGGAUCGAGCUUAUAAAGGACCUAUUCAAAAGAACAUCUGUGAAACCUGCACAACUCAUCAUAGCCCCAGCAGCAGGGAACUCUAAACAUAGAAGUGUUGUUGCUACUGCUGCAGCGUUGAUGAAGUUGGGUCGGAAACGAGCUCCUUCGGUGGAUGACGAGACACUGGGCAACUGCAGUGUUAUGGACAACUCUGCGGAUGAAGAGGUCUCCUUGUCUGUCAAAGAAACUUUACCUGCAAAUUUUUCAACCUUGACGCAAGUUGAAGUUCCGGCAAUCAACUCUCUUGUGGAAGCUAUCAAGGGGUUAACUGGAGUGUUCACACCCUCAGAGGUGAUAAUAGUGGACAGAUGUGAUGUAUUCCCCAGCAACGGCGCCGGACUCUCCGUUGAAGAUGCCCGCAGGCAUCUGGAACAGGCCAACAAAUGUGGAUACGUAGUGGUUGGUGCCGGAGCUUUAGGAUGCGAGUAUUUGAAAAUGCUCGCACGUAUGGGUGUUGAGCAUGUCACGAUUCUGGAUAACGAUAGAGUGGAUGUUUCUAACCUCACCAGACAGAGCCUUUUCACACUAGCAGAUGUGGGCACUAGCAAGGCGGAAGCUGCGGUUAAGAAUCUGCGUUUGAUUACUAAUCGAAAUUUAAAGAAUUAUGUCGCGCAAAAUAGAUUGUUUGAUGAAGAUUUUCACGCCGAACAAAACGAUGAAAUCACACAGCUCAUACUUUUGUCAGCUGUAGAUAACAUCCAUGCAAGAUUGGCCAUAGAGAACUAUGCCAUAGAGAAUUUACGCAUAUUUGUGGAGGCUGGCAUACAUGGAAUGAAUUGCAGCACUUCAGUUUCGGUACCGCAUUGCACGGACUCGUAUGGAUCAACAGUGGGACCGGAAACGCUCAUGAAUGAUCAUGUUAGCUGCUCCGUAAAGGGGAUACCGAGGACAAUUGAAGACACUGUGUUCUACUCGAUGGAGUUGUUUGCAUGGAUAUUUGAUCAGCAACAUCAAAUAUUUAACAACUUUCAACAGGACCCCGUGGGCACGCUCCAGAGUGCUUUGUCUAAGUCUUUAGAACACUUCUGUAACGUUGCCAAUUCAAUUGGUGAUAAUGCGCAAUUUGUUGUUGGAUUGUUAAAUGCUAAAGAUUGGGCCAAUAGGGCUUAUGACACCUAUUUCUCUAUCCCCCUCCCAUUAAAGAACAUGCUCUUGGAUGCCAUGUCUAAUAUUAAGCGGCGAGCUGUGCGUUCAUUGGGGCAGCGGGACAACGAAAACACUGUAGAGGUGGAUAAAUUGGGUAGCACUCUACGUUUGAUGAUAGAAGAACAUUGCAGGAAAUUAGAAAUGACACCCAAUGACGGUAUGAUUAAGAGGUGCUUAGAUGCUGUGGAUGUUUUGUUAAGGAACCCCGGAAUUAGAAGGUUAUUUGAGAGUGGAAUGAAUGUAGAAUUGAAACGAACAUCCUUCAACGAAAAUUUAAAGGAUAACCGUGAAUUCGUUUUCGCAGCCAGCAAUAUCAGAGCUCACAAGUUUGGAAUAUGUCAGAAGGACAUGACAACCAUAAUGAAAGUUGCUAAAAAUGUGGUACCUGCAAUAUCUACCACGGUUGGAAUAGCCGCAUCUAUGGCCAUGUUAGAAGUAUACAAGGCUGUAUCACUACUAGAAAAUAUGCACUUGGUACAUCAAAGGAAAAUGGAUGAAUUGAGCCAAAAUGUUGCCAAUAGGCAGGUGAGCAUCGCAAAACCAAAUGUCAUGGGUGGUUCCCCAACGCUCAUUUUAAAUCAAGGUGAGGCAUCCUUUUUUAACAAAAAUAAAAAGGUGGUAUCACUAAGGAUAAUAGAUUACCGGAGAAACCGAGAACUCUCACGGGGAUUGAUCAAUAAUUAUUUCAACCUUAGCACAAUGAACUAUAUUCCCAGCUGUACGAGCUUCCCUGAUAUAUUCGAAGUCUACAGUGGUGACGCACUGUUAAGAGGAGUGUCAUUGUCGUUCUGGGACCACAUUAUUGUUAAUGACGGGAAAACCAAUAAUGCAAGUUACGGUGCAGGUAAGCCAUCCGAUACCGUUAAAGGUGCACAAAUUACUAUUGGUGAGUUGGUUGGUUCAGUAGAGAGGCUGUUCGACGUAAAGGUGGAAGCGUUGUAUGCAUCUGGUCAUAUUGUAACCGUGUCUGAGGACAACACCUCCAAAACACUUCGGGAUGUGUUCAAUUUUAAGGGCACCGGAACAAUACAAUUGAAGGCAAAAGACAAGGUGACAUCUCAGCCUAUUGGACUACCUAAUAUAAGAUAUGCGAUUCAAUCUUGA